AUGACAAAGAACCUGCGGAGCGAGGACGGGGAGAGGCGUCACUUGGCACUCCGAGGCCUCGUGGUGCUGGGCAAGAAUCCUUUGAUGGCUGAAAAAAUGUGGAGCCUGACUGAAAGUCUUGUGGAGCUCCUGGAGGAAAAUGAUAGUGACGUGAUCAGGAUGACCAUUCUCCUACUCAGAUAUUUAUUCCUGGAUAAUGGUACCCCAAUACCCAGCUCCCUCGCCCUGCAGCUGGCUGAGGCGCUCCUGCCACUCUUUGACCGCGAUGAUAGCCAGGUGCAGCUGAGCUCCAUGAUGGUCUUUCAAGAGAUGCUGGAGUUAUUAACGGAAGAUGGAAAACAUGCCCUGAAGUCACCCGUGCACCACAGCCUGCUGCCACUCUACUUCCACUGCCAUGAUGAGAAUCAGAUUGUUGCUGAGUGUUCUCGGGAAACGCUGCUUUGUGCAGCCAAGUUCCUGAAGAGGAGGGAUAUAAAAAAGCUGGUGAAGGAGGAAAAACUGUGGAAGUUCAGCAAGUGCCUGCUGGCAGAGGACACGAGCCGAGCGGCCGAGCAGCUGCCCCUUGAAGAAAUGGCCAGUGACAUCAGCCUUGGUGUCGGAAGCCUGGCCAUUGAAACCUUGUGCAUCCUGAGGUCAGCAGAGCGGGCUCCAAUCUCCAGGUUCCAGAGGCUGCAAGAUCAGCUGCGCAGGGUGUGGAAGGCUCGGCCGCGUCUCUCGCAUCUCCGCAGGCUGAGCUGCUGGAGCUCAGUGGAGAACUAA